AUGCCCAAAUCCAAGAACAAGCGAAAGAAACCAAAGCUGCUGGCUCAUGAGUCCGCGUUGCUGGAUGACGAGGAGCUCUCGGAUGUGACGCACCCCAAUGCCUCGUCGAGAUGGCUCUAUGCUGCCAGUACUGACGAGACAACGUUGGACAAGGCGAGGAUAUUGAUUUACAGGCACAUGGCCGACAAGGAAUUCGAGCAUUUGAUGACACACAAUCAGCUUCCCGACACGCAGCCGUAUCAAACUAUCACGCGGUCGCAAGAUGGACGGACCUAUUGCGAGAGUUAUCUUCGAAGCAACAAAUUUGUGGACACCAGCCCCACGACAGUGGUAGAGUUCAAUUGCAGCAAGACAAUGAUUGACGGCUUCUACGACAUCCAGCGAAAGCCGGAAGACGGUUGCCUCAGCCACGGACUUGGGCACAAAGCUGGAAAAACCCUGUUUGUUUUCAAUGGUGCGCUUGGUGAGGGAGACUCUACUUGGCGCAUAGUCCUAGUAAAACGAGGAUUUAGAGGUUGA